AAUCCAAGGAAGAUCGCCCUAAUAUUUUGGGUGAGAAUUUUUAGGUUCAAAUGAGGUAUGAGAGAUUCAUCGAAGUAAACCACCCGUGCUGCUAGUUCUUUUUCAUCUUUCUCCCCCAAUGAAAGAUACGAGAUAUUCAACUGCAAUGCCACAAAUUGUGAAGACUGUGAAGAUGCUUGUCAAGUUUCAUCCAUUAUUGACAGUAGCCAAUCUUAUUUGUCAGGUAAUACUCCUCCAAGAUUGGAUUGAAGAAGAGGUGAGCAAUCAAUGGAAAGCUCUCAAGUUGUAUUGCCAAUCAAAAAUGAGAUCUUUGUCGGAUUCGAUUACUGAGAAAAUGGAGAAUCUAUCGAAAGCCCUCCAAAUGCAUCUCAACCAUGAAACAGAGAAGGGUCAGCCAAAGAUCAAACUGAUAGGUAGACUUGCCUUGUUUUCUGCCUCAUUUCUUCUAUUGGAUACAGAGUGGUAUUACGACCACGAACAGACUUUGGAUUGAUUAGUUUCAUCAUUGGAGUCAUUGGAUCUAUUGCUUAUAACCACUUCAAGUUCAAAUUUCCCACAUGGAUAAUUGCCUCCAUCUGUUUUGUGUUGUUCAAUUUUAAGAGUUGGUUAGAUAAGUAUUGGUUGGAUUUGAAAGAAGAUCAAUUGGUAACCUCUACAAAUACCACAAUUGGAAGCACCAGCAUGUUUUUGAUUUUGCAAUCAACCACUGUACAUAUUGUAGGAAUCAUCUUUGCGUCUUCUGUUGUUAAAUCUCCCUUGUCCAACUAUAAAGUUUGGCUUACUAG